UCGCUUGGAACUGUUUAUCCUGACGUCAGUUUGAACAGCUCGCACUGCCCCCGUAUCACUUCACGCGACUCUGAACUGAGCUUCGGCUGGAUUUCGGGAAUCGGUGAACGGGAGAGAGUCCACAACUUCACCAUCCAAACUACUGGAGCCACUGAAAUGAUCUCGGCUUGUUUUCCUAACUGGACUAAUAACAUAAAAUGAAUACCUGCGCAUUUCUCCUGAUCCUGGCUGUUCAGAUUCACGCCGACAGCGUAGAGGGACCAACAGUGGGCUGCACGUUUGAUGAGGACUCCGACCCCAGUCUGUGCGAGUUCAGCCAAGGGGAGGAGGAUGACUUUGAUUGGCAGCUGUUCCGCAAUCAUGCCUCGCCACACUCCACCUCUGAUCUCCUGCGCGGCUCAUACAUGAUGGUCAACUCCUCCCAGCAUGCAGCGGGGCAGAGGGCACAGCUUCUACUGCAGACACUAAGUGAAAACGACACACACUGCGUGCAGUUCAGCUACUUCCUGUACAGCAGAGAUGGCCACAGCCCGGGGGCGCUGCGGGUUUAUGUGCGGGUCAAUGGUGGGCCGCUUGGCAUUCCUGUGUGGAACGUCUCUGGCUCCCGUGGACGACAGUGGCACCAGGUGGAACUGGCAGUCAGCACUUUCUGGCCAAAUGAGUACCAGAUAUUGCUAGAGGCGACUGUGGACCGCAAAGGCUACAUUGCAGUUGAUGACAUACUCCUGUUGAACUACCCCUGUUAUAAAGCCCCUCAUUUUUCCCGCCUGGGAGAUGUGGAGGUCAAUGCUGGACAAAAUGCCACUUUCCAAUGUGUGGCAGCUGGACGUCCCUCUGAAGCAGAGAAGUUUCUGUUGGAGCGUCACAAUGGUGAAGUGUCUUCAGGUGGUUCUGUCAAGCACUUAGGCCGCAACCGCUUCUCAGUGUCUUUUCAACUGGAGGACGUCCAGAAGCCAGAGCAGGACCUCUACCGCUGCGUCACGCAGUCCUCCAGAGGCUCAGGCGUCUCCAACUUUGCUGAACUCAUCGUCAAAGUUCCCCCAUCUCCCAUUGCUCCACCCCAGCUGUUGAGAGCGGGCUCCACGUAUUUGAUCAUUCAACUAAACACAAACUCCAUUCUGGGUGAUGGCCCCAUCAUCCGUCGGGAAAUCGAAUAUCGGGCCAGCCAGGCACCUUGGUCGGAGAUCCUUGGAGUUAACAUGGUUACCUAUAAGCUCUGGCACCUGGAUUCAGAUACAGAGUACCAUAUCAGUGUGCUGCUCACCCGGCCGGGUGAGGGUGGGACCGGGCCACCCGGACCACCCCUCAUCAGCAGAACCAAGUGUGCCGAGCCCAUGCGGGCACUGCGUGGUCUUAGAGCCUUGGAGAUCCAGUCACGGCAGCUGACCUUGCAGUGGGAGACGCCGGCCUUCAACCUGACCCGCUGCCACACGUACUCAGUCUCCUUGUGUUACCGCUACACAACCGCAGGGGGUGGCGGUGGGCACAACACCACAGUGAGAGAAUGCCUGGCUGUGGAGCACAACACUUCACGCUUCACCCUCAGAGAUCUGCCUCCUUUUCACACCAUCCAAAUACGCCUGGCACUCGCCAACACCGAGGGCAAGAAGGAAGGGAAGGAGGUCAUGUUUCAGACUGAGGAAGACAUUCCCGGAGGCAUUGCUCCUGAGUCUCUUACCUUCACGCCACUGGAGGAUAUGAUCUUCCUGAAGUGGGAGGAGCCGGUGGAACCCAACGGUCUCAUCACGCAAUAUGAGAUCAGCUACCAGAGCAUUGAAUCAUCAGAUCCUGGGAUCAACGUUCCAGGCCCGAGGCGCACUGUAUCCAAACUGAGGAACGAGACGUACCAUAUGUUCUCCAACCUGCAUCCUGGCACCACCUACCUGAUCUCUGUUCGGGCGCGCACCGCCAAAGGCUUCGGCCAGACAGCUCUCACUGAGAUCACCACCAACAUCUCUGCACCUACAUUCGAUUAUGGAGACAUGCCAUCCCCUCUGAGUGAGACAGAAAGUACCAUCACAGUCCUGCUGCGUCCAGCACAAGGCCGAGGAGCUCCGGUUAGCACGUAUCAAGUGAUCGUGGAGGAGGAAGCUGGUAGGAAGGUGAAGCGAGAACUGGGUGUUCAGGACUGCUUUCCCAUUCCCACAUCUCACGGUGAGGCUCAGGCCCGUGGAGCUCCACACUACUAUACAGCUGAACUUCCGCCCAGCAGCCUGCCUGAGGCUGCACCUUUUACUGUGGGGGACAACCACACCUACAAUGGCUACUGGAACAGCCCUCUGGACCCCAGGAAGAACUACCUCAUCUACUUCCAGGCCAUGAGCAACUUUAGAGGCGAAACAAGGAUAAACUGCAUCCGCAUCGCCCGUAAAGCCGCCUGUAAAGACCAUCAGCGAGCUCUCGAGGUCACGCAGCGCUCAGAGGAGAUGGGACUCAUCCUAGGAGUGUGCGCUGGUGGACUGGUGGUCCUGAUAUUGCUACUGGGGGCCAUUAUCAUAAUCAUUAAAAAAGGAAGGGAUUACUACUCAUACUCUUAUUAUCCUAGGAAGCCGGUGAACAUGAAUAAGACCCCCAUUACGUACAGGCAGGAGAAGAGUAAUAUGAUGGGCUCCAUGGAGUGCAGUUUCACUGAUCAGAGCACUCUGCAGGAGGACGAGAGGAUGGCCUUGUCAUUUAUGGACACCCAUACGUGCAGCACUCGCAGUGAUCCACGGAGCUCUAUGAAUGAGUCCAGCAGUCUGCUGGGCGGAUCGCCUAGACGUCAGUGUGGCCGUAAAGGAUCACCCUAUCACACGGGUCAGCUUCACCCAGCAGUGCGUGUCGCUGACCUCCUACAACACAUCAACCAGAUGAAAACUGCAGAAGGUUACGGCUUUAAACAGGAGUACGAGAGCUUCUUUGAUGGCUGGGAUAUCAAUAAGAAGAAGGAUAAAACUAAGGGAAGGCACGACACCCUGAUGGGUUAUGACCGUCACAGGGUGAAAUUGCACCCGCUGCUCGGUGAUCCCAACUCCGACUAUAUCAACGCCAAUUACAUUGAUAUUCGGAUAAACAGGGAAGGUUACCAUCGAUCCAACCACUUCAUCGCCACUCAGGGUGAGUAUCUUUGUCUGGACAGGACUUGUGGAUGGAUGGAUGUGAAAUGCUGUAAGUAUUGGCCAGAUGAGUCAGAGAUGUACGGAGACAUUAAGAUCACCCUGCUGAAGACCGAAACUCUGGCAGAGUACACAGUGCGAACUUUUGCCCUGGAGCGGAGGGGAUACUCUGCCAAACACGAAGUGUGUCAGUUUCACUUUACAUCAUGGCCUGAGCAUGGAGUCCCAUACCACGCCACAGGUCUGUUAGCCUUCAUUCGGCGGGUCAAAUCCUCCACGCCACUCGACGCAGGGCCUGUGGUGGUCCACUGCAGUGUGGGAGCAGGCAGGACAGGCUGCUAUAUCAUGCUGGAUGUAAUGCUGGACAUGGCUGAGUGUGAAGGAGUGGUGGACAUCUACAACUGUGUGAAGACCCUCUGCUCUCGCCGUAUCAACAUGAUCCAGACAGAGGAACAGUACAUAUUCAUUCACGAUGCCAUCCUGGAGGCGUGUCUGUGUGGGGAGACGGCCAUCCCGGUAAACGAGUUCACCCUGGCUUACAAAGAGAUGCUGAGGGUGGAUUCUCAGAGCAACUCUUCACAGCUACGAGAGGAGUUCCAGACGCUAAACUCUGUGACUCCUCAUCUGGACGUCGAGGAGUGCAGCAUCGCCUUGUUACCACGAAACCGUGAGAAGAACCGCAGCAUGGACGUUCUUCCACCUGACAGGGCCCUCGCCUUCCUGGUCACCACUGAGGGAGAGAGUAACAACUACAUUAACGCGGCACUGAUGGAUAGUUUCCACCGGCCUGCUGCCUUCAUUGUAACCCCGCACCCACUGCCCGGCACAACCUCUGACUUCUGGAGGCUGGUGUUUGACUAUGGCUGCACCUCUGUGGUCAUGCUGAAUCAGCUGAACCAAUCGAACUCUGCUUGGCCUUGUGUGCAGUACUGGCCUGAACCAGGUCUUCAGCAGUAUGGUCCUAUGCAAGUGGAGUUUCUGUCCAUGUCUGCAGAUGAGGACAUCAUCACCCGACUUUUCCGGGUCAAAAACGUAACAAGAUACUGGCCUGAACCAGGUCUUCAGCAGUAUGGUCCUAUGCAAGUGGAGUUUCUGUCCAUGUCUGCAGAUGAGGACAUCAUCACCCGACUUUUCCGGGUCAAAAAUGUGACAAGACCGGGUUUGUUGUAUUCUUGUCUGUCUAGGAACGGCGGUGGCCGCAGUGGAACGUACUGUGCCAGCAACAUCCUGAUGGAGAUGAUCCAGUACCAGAACAUGGUGGACGUCUUCUAUGCCGUCAAAACCCUUCGUAAUGCUAAACCCAACAUGGUGGAGACACUGCCGGGUUUGUUGUAUUCUUGUCUGUCUAGGAACGGCGGUGGCCGCAGUGGAACGUACUGUGCCAGCAACAUCCUGAUGGAGAUGAUCCAGUACCAGAACAUGGUGGACGUCUUCUAUGCCGUCAAAACCCUUCGUAAUGCUAAACCCAACAUGGUGGAGACACUGGUAGGUACCUAA